AUGGCCGGUGACAAAUUUGAAGAACUACAUAUGAACGAGCCGGUAGACUUCAGAAAAUGUCGCAUUUUCUAUAUGUUCGGAAUUCAACACCCUCUGGUGGAACCCUUAGGUGAUGCCAUGAAAGAGACACUGUUGAAAGCAGUGUCCCAUUUCGAGAGCACAUUCGAUCUAGAGGGAGUAGGGCUCGAUCUGCCGUUUACAGCAUAUCACCCUGAAUUCUAUUCAGCAAGUACAGAAGGAAACAUAGAACUGUCUAGAAAGGCGCUCAGUUUUGAGGGCGACGGUGGUCGUUUAAAUGUCUGGAAAGAGCUACCAAAAGUGCUCACAGGUCAAUCUCAUCACACAGCGGCUGUCCUUUUGAUCACAUUCAUGGAAUCACUCAAGAAAAGUAGCGAGGAAUCCAAUGAGAAGUACCUUCGAAUACGUGAUCGACUGAAGCGUCAGAUUGUCGAAACGCUGAAGGAUGACGGACUCCUUUUCUUCCCCUCGCGAGUUCCUCAUAGUCUUUCAUUUCGUAAAUCCCUUAUAAAAAUGUCUGAAAUAGCAGUGGUUAAGGGUUGUGGUAAGUGGUGGCCGAAACCUGCCCCAUUUCACCGUGAGCCUUUGUUCGCGGUCCUGAACACCGCCUACACCGCCUUAUUCAACGCGCUCGCACUUCCCGUAGUGCAGUGUCCCAUGGGCCUCGACAAAAAUGGUAUUCCUCUGGGAGUUCAGGUACAUUGCCAAUAA